CUUAUGUCACCUUACAUUUUGACUUUUGAGUUUUACUUUUGACUGGAAAGCGUAUUUAAACUUUUGAAACCUAUUUUUAGCUAUAAUUUCCACGUUUUAGAUUUUCAUUUUGUAUUAAAUUUGCCAUUUUAUAUUAAACAAAAAUUAAAAUGGGUCGUAAAUCAAAUUCAAAGCAAAGUACAAAAAGAACCGCAGGAAAAGAAAAUAAUAAGUUCGAACAGCAAAAACGUAAAGAACUUACGAUUCUAGUGGAUAAGCUGCUUCGUUUAGCCAGCAUCUUCCAAGCCUCAACUAAUGUUGCUAAAAGUUGGGAGCAUCAUUUAGAAAUCGAGAAAAUUAUCAAAGAUAUCGUCAACAUCGAAGGCCAACAGAAAUCCUCGCAAACUCCUCGGCAAGCUAACAUUGACAAGUAUCUGAAGUGGUUGAAUGACAAUGAGGUUCAAUUUGAAGGCAUUGAUAUUGCUGAGUUUGAAGGAUACGGUCUUGGAUUGAAAGCGACUAAGACUUUUCCAGAAGGCUCUCUUAUUCUCACUGUGCCAUCAAAAGUGAUGAUGACAGAAAAUAAUGCAAAGGAAUCAGAACUGGGUCCAUUCAUUGAUAUGGAUCCUUUGCUGCAAAACAUGGCGAAUAUAAGGCUGGCAUUGUUUCUUUUAUUGGAGAAAAAUAACCCAGAUUCAUUUUGGAGGCCAUACAUUGAUGCAUUGCCAGAAAAGUAUUCUACAGUUCUGUACUUCACGUCAGAAGAACUUUCUGAAUUAAAGCCGUCACCAGUAUUUGAAUCAUCACUAAAAUUCUACAGAAGUAUUGCCCGACAAUAUGCAUAUUUUUACAACAAAAUUCAUUCAUUGGAUUUACCAGUUUUGAAGAAAAUCCAGGAUAUAUUCACUUUUAAUAAUUAUAGAUGGGCGGUAUCCACGGUGAUGACGAGACAAAACAAUUUCCAAUUAACAAACUCUGACGUCACGGCCUUCAUACCACUGUGGGAUAUGUGCAACCAUGAGCACGGCAAGAUCACAACGGACUUCAACCAGGAACAGAAUCGCGGCGAGUGUUACGCCUUGAGAGAGUUCCAGCCGGGCGAACAAAUAUUCAUAUUUUACGGCGCGCGGCCCAACGCCGACCUGUUCCUACACAAUGGAUUCGUGUAUCCCAACAACCAACACGACAGCCUAGCCCUGACCCUGGGCGUCAGCUCCGGUGACCCCCUGCGCGAGAUGAAGGUGUCCCUGCUCACCAAGCUGGGCUUGGCUGGCGUCACUCACUACAACAUUUUCAAGGGGGACAGCCCCGUCAGUGCUGAGCUGUUGGCAUUCAUCAGGAUAUUUAAUAUGAAUCAAGAAGAGCUAACCAAAUGGUCUCGCGAGAGUCUCCCGGGCGAGCUGGUGUCCCCUGCGGCGGGCGCGGCGGCGGGCGCGGCGCUGGACGCGCGCGCCCACACCUACCUGCUCACGCGCUGCAAGCUCAUACGCGCCGCCUACAGGCACCAGCACGGACAACCCGACUCCUUGCACAGGAGGAAUAUAAAACUAUUGAAAGAAUGCGAAGUACAAAUACUGGACGGUGCCAUUUCGUACCUGGAAAGUGUUAUUCUCAAACUACCCACCGCUAACGAACAACAAUAGCUCAUAUUAGUAAAGAACCAAAAUGACCACUAAAGCCAAGCGACCGAAAAUAUUUUUAAAUAUAUUAAGUACAAACAGCGCUCGAGAAACUGAAUAUUUUAAAGAAAAAAAAUAUUUCUUAUGAUAACUUUUAAGCUCUCACACAUAAAGUAUGUUACUUGGUAUACAGAAUUCUCUUUUUUUUUUAAAAAGUAAUGACAGUAAAAAAAAUCUUAUAUCCGUAUAAGUGUUGCCAUAAAUAUAUAUUAUGUACAAAACAUAAGAUCCAUUCUACGUGUAUUUAGUACUUAAUCUCGGAUCUAACUGGAAUACGGUAACUGUACUACUCAUUUUCUUUAUUAUUUAGUUUUUCAUGCGAUCAUCUUAUGAAGAUAUUUUCGUUUUAUAUUUUUUACAAAAAAAUCAUGACCAUUUAUUUAAUUUAUACAUUUUUUUAUAUUUUUUUUAUUUUUGUGAUCGACACAACGAAUUAUGCUUUUUUACUAUAACCUUAGUUAAGUGUUUUGUCCUACACAAUUAAAACUAAAUUAAUUAUAACCUGGUUUGUAUUGACUUCAUUUCACAAAGUGUUUUUAAUCAAACAACACUUAUAUUGUAGGACAGUUUUAUGAUAACUUAUGAGUGUCUUUUUUGUUUUUUAGUUUUAAUGUACUUACAUUUCAAAGGUGUGCAAUUAUAUACUUUGUGUUCCUA